AUGGCAAAACACGAUAGAGCCAGCGUGACAGCAACUGCUGAGCUGGAGUUUGAGGAGGUCAUCGCAGAGGAUGAGUGCAAAGGCUCUCAGAGCCACAGCACCUCAGCCCCCACGUCCCUUGCGGGAGAGCUGGGCUUUGACUUCGAUGCCCUGGACCUUCUGGAUGCUGAGACUGCUGAGACCGGGCUACGGUUGCCCUCAGAGCCGGACAAUUUUACGUGCUUCACCUUCGAGGCCCCGCGCUUGGAGCUCCUGGAGCCACCCGCAGAAGGUCCUCUAAAGAGUGCCAAAUCCGUGGGCUUCAAUUUGGCGGUGCCGAUGCCAGAGAGUCCCAUUCGCUCUCGCUCUGUGCCGAACCAUUGGAGGAUCCGUGCCCAGAUUGAGCCGCCCACACCGCUGCGGCGCUGCUCAAGCAUCCAAUCAGGUAGUGGCCUUGGGUUCCGCACCGCCAGCUUGACGAGUGUCACGGCUUCGCCUCAUGCCAAAGACGUGGCGGCGGAAGAAGUGGAAGGUCAAGACGAUGCCACAACAGGCCUCCGCGUGGCGAUUGUCGUGAGUGGCUCGCGGGGCGAUGUGCAGCCGCUUGUGGCGCUGGCUUUGGUUCUCCGACGCUUGGGACACCAGGUGUGCAUCUUCACAAAUGCGAACCACACAGCGCUUUGUGAACGUCAUGGCGUGGACAUGGUGCCCGUAUUUGCAGACUCGCAGGCAUGCAUUCAACGGAUUGGCGGUGUCUCCGGGGAGACGCUGAUGUCCUCUUUGCCCAGUGUCUCCCGUGCACAGCGGGCUGCGAAGAAGUGGUUCGAGGAGCAUCCUGGCAAGUGCAGCUCUUUGGAGGAUGCCUUGGAAGACUUUGCUCCAGAGACCCUGGUUACCAGCAAUGAGGCAAGCACUGCCGCGCUGCGCUACGAGAACCUUACUGGCACGCCUGUGAUCUUUGCGUGUUUCUUCCGAGCCAUGAUGGAGUUCCAGUCCAGCAUGCUUUAUUUACAGCCCCCUCGUCCAGCGUUCCUGGCCGCCAGCAUUCUGCUGGACGAGGCCAAACAGCCGAGCAAGCAUUUCAGUGAGCAGCGUUUCUGUUCGGUAUGUGAGAGCUAUGAUGGCAACGCAUUUGCCACAGUGCUUGCCUAUGGCCAUAGAAGCAAACAUACCACGGGUGCUUCACAGAAAGUUGCGCAGGCAAGAUCGGUUGGCUGGACUCAGAUCAAAGUGGGUUGUGUCGCCAAGCAACGUGGCGACAGGAUGGUGCUCCUUGGUGCUGCAUGUGGCGCAGUGAUCUCGGCUGCUGUGCCGAGCACUCGCUUCGCCAUUCUGACAGUGGCCAUUGUCACCGGCCUCCUGCUGAGCGUGGCGUACAUGGACGUUCUUCAGUCCAGCAAUGAACUGCCGGAGCCGCACUUGCUUGCGCAGCUGCACGCGCAAAGGCGGCACGAGCCUGCCCAAACGGCACCACAGCCUGCAGCACCAGCAGCUAGCAUCAAGCGGCGAUCUGCGAUUGAGCAGGUUGCAGCUCUACGCUGGCGACCCUCGCCGCCAAAGCUGGAGGCGCCAGUGGACAUGAAAACCUUUAGCGUCGUGCUGCCCUGCGCGUUCGAGGGCGAAUUUGCCGAGAAAACGGUCUGGGCUGUCUGGGAGAACACCGACAAGCGGAUUCUCAAGGAGAUCAUCGUAGUCGAUGAUGGCUCCCGGCCUCCGCUUCGGAAGAUCAUGUCGGAGAAGCUACUUACUGGCGGACCUGGCGUCCCGAACAUGAAGAUCGUUCGGCAUGAGAAGACCCUGGGCCUCAUCUCGGCCAAAAAGUCUGGAGGAGACGCAGCCACGGGUGAUGUUAUCGUCUUCUUCGACUGCCACGUCAGCCCCCGGAUCGGCUGGGAGCAGGCUUUCCUGAAGCAGAUGCAACGGAGAGGGGACCAUCGAACCAUCGUGGUCCCGACCAUCACAUCGCUGAACCCUGACACCUGGAAGGAAACUGGUGGCAAUUCUGGCGGCAAGACCUGCUUCAUAUUGUGGAAUAACGACUUCACGUGGUUGUACAACCCGGGUCGUGACGCCCCGCUGAUGAGCGGAGGCCUCCUGGCCUUAUCCCGGAGGUGGUGGGAGGAAACCGGCGGCUAUGACACCAAAAUGGUCGCCUGGGGCGGAGAGAACAUUGAUCAGUCCCUUCGCUCAUGGCUUUGCGGCGGACGGAUAGAAGUCGCCGAGGGCGCGUACGUCGCGCACAUGUGGCGGGAUCCGAAGAAUCCGAAAACUACGCUGAAGUAUCCGAUCCCCACACGGGACGUCAUGCGGAACAAGGCGCGUGCAGCCACAGCUUGGUUCGGAGAGUUUGUGCAGAAGGUCAUGACUUUUCCGGAGUACGAGAUGUUCACAAAGAACGGGGAGAGCAUCGGUGACAUGCGAGGCUUCGAAACGGUCAAGGAGCGAUUGGGCUGUGCUCCCUUCACUAGCUACUUGGAUCGUUUUUCGUACAUUUAUCUGGAUGGUGGCUUGAUACCAGAUCAAGUUUUCCAGCUUCGCGAGCAGAAGUCUGGACUCUGCAUGCAGGUAAAGCGGAACGACCGCCAGCCACACAACGUGGUUUUAGCAGCCUGCGCUGGGCCGCAUGAGGCCAAUCAAUCCUCAGAGCUGCAGCUCUUCCAUCGCGGGAAUCGGGACAUGUCGAGGAGGGGCAAGCCCUGCUGCAGCGGAAUAAUGCACUGGAACUUCCUGCAAUGCCUGGAUGCGCAGAACACGGGCACCCAGGUCCGGACCUUCGAGUGUGAGAUUGGCGGAUCCUCGUCGCACCAGAAGGUUCAGCUGUCCGAAGAUGGCCAGCUGAUGUGGAAUUGGAUAGGCGCAUGGGGAGGAGCCCGCGGCUGCUUCGCGCCGCAGCCUCCCAAGGUCGGCAGAGCAGUGAUCAGGAACAUCGAUGCUUGCUCUGCUGCUGUGGAGCCUGUUGGCGAUGGCACUCACGCAGCAGCCAACGGCCUCAAAGUCCCGACGAAGUUCCGCCUCAAGAGCCACGAGGAGAAUGGAGGUUGCGCUGCUAUGGCCACCAAGGAAGGUGGCGAAGAGAGCGCCUCCGGUAUGGAGCUGCAGUUCCGGCCUUGUGACCUUGAGGACACCUCUCAGAUCUUUACAGCGACGCCUCGCUUCAACGGCUUCGAGAUCAAAACAGGUGACAGCCGCAACUGUCUCGAUUCCAGUGGCGGCCGGGAUGUUCUGGUAUACCCUUGCUACGACGAGAGCUCGCACAACAUGAAUCAAGUCUGGCAGAUUCGCGCUGCAAGGCUGCUGUGGCAGGCCCCAAAUGGCGGCCCGCAGAUCUGCAUUGAUUCGAUGAAAAUCCGAGAGAAGGUGACUCCCCCUCAAGGAGAGUAUCGCUUGAUGACCUGUGCGCCAAAGCCCGGACAGCGGCUGCAACGUGUGGAGGAGGAUCAGGAUGGAACAUUCAUGCUGAAGGACCGAGACGACGGCCGCUGCCUCUCAGCGCUCUCUGGGAACGUACUGGGCCUGUCAGAGUGUACAAAGCAACAGAGGUGGCGAAUACGUUCUCAAGGUGGGACAACACAGGUCCAGCACGUGGUCUCCGCCACCUGCAUAGAUGCUGGCAGUGACCACAAACCGAUCCUGUAUCCCUGCCACACUGGGCACGUGAACCAGCCGCAGAAGUUUUCCUUCAUAGACAAUCCCGGAUGGAUACAGAAUCCAAUCACUUGGGGUGACAACGGUCGCCGACGGACUUUCGAGACCUGCCUGGACCGCCUGCCGAUCCAGCAGCAGAACGUUGCUGUGCAAGACUGCUCCCAGGUCCGGGAGAGUGGCGUUCGCUGGGAGGUGUUCAAUGCCUUCGCGCCCCUGGAGCGGCAGCUCUGGGAUGCCGCCGACAAGCCGCCUCCUGGGACACCCAUCCUGGGCGGCGACAAAGCACCGCCCUGA